AUGAGCCUGGGCACGCACGUGACCCUCCAGAAGGCCGAGAACUUGCCGGAUGAGCACAGCGUGUACUGCGUUCUGGAGUCCGCGGGCGAGAAGCAGCACACGCAGGAGGCGGCCGGCCCCGACCCCUGCUGGGACCGGACCCUGCGGGUCCCCACGUUCCCGGCCGGCGGCCACCUCGCGUUCUCGGUGUGCGCCGACGUGAUGGGCCCCGACACGAUCUUGGGCCGGGCGGUGUGGGUCGAGCCGGAGGACCUUCGGGACGACGAGGAGCGGCACGUCGUCCUGCCGCUGCGCUCCGGCGAGGCGACCGGCGCCGGCGGCGCCGGCGGGGCCGCCGGAAGGGCCCCGAGGCUGCACGUGGCCGUGCGCCGGGGCGCGGCCGUGCCGGUGCUGGUGCGCCAGCUGGACGCGGAGAUGCUGGCGCCGCGGCGCGCGGGGCCGUCGCUGCGGCUGGGCGGCGGGAGGGUCGUGGACCUGAGGUGCUGCUGCGACUGGACCCACCCGCUGGCCGUGCUGGGCGUGGCGGCCGUGUCCUGGGCGAGCACGCCUCUGGUGCCUCCGCUGGCCCUGGCGUAUGCGGCCCUGGCCGGCUACGCCGACGUUGUGGGGCUGCGGAGGCUGCGGAGGCCCCUGCCCACGCCAGAGUCGGAGCAGCUCGCCGCCAGGGGGGGCGCCAUCUUGGCGUGGAGGGCUGGCGCCCGGGCGCUCCUCUGCGCGGCGACCCUCGCCAACGCGGCCCUGCUCGCCUGGCCCGCCGGCCUGCAAGGCUCCCGCCAGCAGGAGGAAGUGGGUGGCGCUGAUGCGUCCUCGUUGGCGCUCGCUGCCUGGGCCCUGCUCGCCCUGCUGCUGGCCCUGUGUGCCGUGCUGGGGCGGUGGGUGGGCGGCUGCCGCGACGUCGAUUGGCCGAUUGCCUCAGACCUCGACGCACUUUACACCUGAGGCGAAGAGGCGGCUGGUGGUGGAGCGGAUGCUGUGCACGCUCGCGGCCGGCGGCGGCCACGCCCCGGCCGAGCCGGGCGAGGCGCCGCCGGGCGCGGGCCC